AUCGGGGAGGGGGUUGGGGGGCGCGCCGGCUCCCGGAGCUCAGCAGGGACGAGGGGUUCGGCUUUUCCUUCUAAAUGCCGACAUUUCAGUAACGUUAUCAGCGAGACGAUAUUGCUCAACCUGGAGAGCGUCACGCAGCGAUGUGGAGCACAACCACCGCCCGGCUCCAGCCGAGCUCAGCCCUCCGCCACCGCGGGAGGAGGCCGCGGCUGCCCCUGCCCUGCCCGCUCCCUGCCCCUGCCCUGCCCGCUCCCUGUCCCUGCCCUGCCCGCUCCCUGCCCCUGCCCUGCCCGCUCCCUGCCCCUGCCCUGCUCUCGGCCCCCGGCCCGGACACGCAGCAGCCCCGGGACGGGGGCUCGGGAGCCGGGGGCAGUGGCCGCCCGCCCCGGCCCGUCCUGGGGCUACCUCCCAUCGGCUGGGGCCGGGGCAGGGACCGAGGAGACUGGGGCGAUGCUCGGCUACGAGCCGAGCUGAAAGCUGUGCUUGUGUCUGUGCGCGGGGAUAAAACCGCCCCGCCAGCGAGCGCCCUUUAUACUGGCGUGCGGAGCGGCGGCGGCAGCGAGCGGCGGGACUGAGCAUCACCGCGCGGCGACACCGG